CCCACGACAACUCUCACGCACAACCAGCAUCAUGCUCCCGACGGAUGUGUCCCCCAGGCAGAGGGUGCUGCAAGUGGCAGCGAGCGUCGUGUUCUGCUUCCUCACUGUCGGCCUCGUGUUCGGGUACGCGGCGCUCAAGCCCGUCCUCCUCGCGUCGGGGGUGUACGCCGACCUAUGCGAGGACGACAAGCCGUACUGCGCAGCGCAGGACACCAAGCUCAAUUUCCUCUUCAUCAUCGCGACGAGCACGGUCAAUAUGGCAUCGUUCCCAGUCGGCGUGUACCUCGACACGGUCGGCCCGCAGGUGUCGACGCUUACUGGUGCUGUGGUGUUCGCGGCGGGUUGUAUCGUGUUCUCCCUUGGACACGUUGGGAAAUAUGUCGACACCUACCUCGUGGGCUACUUUCUCCUCGCGCUCGGCUCGCCCGCCAUCUUCCUCGCCCAGUUCCACCUGUCCAACACGUUCCCCGCGCGCUCGGGCCUGAUCCUCGGCGCGAUAACGGGCGCGUUCGACGCGUCGUCGUUCCCGCUGGUAUUCUACAAGGCCGCGUUCUUUGCCUUUGGGGAGAAGCCCAGCUUACGCACCUUCUUCGCGCUGUACGCCGCCAUCCCGAUCCUCCUCAUCGCGCAGCAGCUCUCCUUCGGCCCCGUCGAGUCGUACGAGCGCCCUGGGGAGGUCGAGGCGGUCGAGGAGGCGACCGACGCGCUCAUCUUCUCGUCGCCCUUCAACGGGCCGAGCACGCUCCCGCCCCAGCCGACAAGGCGCAGCAUCAGCCCCGGGUCGCCGUACUCGCCCUCUACGAGCCCAGACCGCGCUGCUGCCAACGCUGACCGCCGCGCGUCGGCCUGGUCCGUCUGGAGCCGCGACGACGAAGGCAACCCCACGCACCGCCGUCGCCGGCCGAGUGUCACGGCCUACUCGCGCGUCGCGUACGAUAUCCCGGACAACGCGGACGAGAGCGAGCAGAUCAUCCGCCUCGAGCAGGGCUGCGAGAUGCGCGACCCCGUUGUCGGGGUGCUCUUUGGCCAGAGCGCCGUCAGCCAGGUGUACUCGUCGUGGUUCUGGAUCAUGGAGUUCAUGGUGGCCGUGCACAUGACGAGGAUAAACUGGUACCUCGCCACGGUUCACUCCCAGCUCGCGUACUACACCAAGAACGUCGGCCUGGCGGACACGCUCACGGACACUUUCACGGUACUCCUCCCGCUCGCUGGCAUCAUCACCGUCCCCGCGGUCGGCUGGCUGCUCGACACGAGACGUAUCCGGGACGUGGCCCUCGUCAUGCUCUCCAUCGGCGUGGGCUUUGGCGGGUUGGGCUUGGCGUCGCAUACGAUCCCGCAGCUCAUCGGCAUCGGGCUACUCGUGUGCUUCCGCCCGUUGUUCUACACUGCCAUUUCAGACUACGCAGCCAAGGUCUUCGGAUUCGAGACCUUUGGCACGGUGUACGGCUGGGCCAUGACCCUCUCCGGCCUGCUCGGCCUCGUCCUCGCGCCGAUGGACAAGUCGGUCAAGGACACAUUCCACGGCAGCUAUACCGUGUACAACGUGCUCCUGCUCGUGCUGGGAAUCAUCUCGUCGGCCCUGCUGGCGUGGCGCACCAGUGUUGUGCCGGCCCCCCGCAGCGGCGCCAUUACCCUGCCGCCCGACGUUAUCAUCGAGGAGGUCGUGGUGGAGGAGGAGGAGCCAUAGCCAAAGGCAACAGCCAUAAGCAACUGCAUUACAAUGUAUCGAUAUCUGCC